AGCUCGAUCGUACACAUGUUUCGCGUGUCGUGUUUUCUGUAAUUGAAUUAAAUAAUUCAUAAAAUGACGGAGGACAAUCACAGCAGCAAUGAAGAAAGUCAUAGUUCUGAGGAGGAGCAGCAGGAAGAGUCUAAAGUUCAAGAAGAUGAAGAAGAAACAGUGACAUUUAAAGAUUUGGGUGUAGUAGACGUACUAUGCGAAGCUUGUGCGGAGUUAAAAUGGAAACAUCCGUCAAAGAUACAGAAAGAAUCUAUACCAGUAGCACUUCAAGGGAAAGACAUCAUUGGUUUGGCUGAGACGGGUUCUGGUAAAACCGGAGCCUUCGCCCUGCCCAUCCUGCAGGCACUGCUCGAGAACCCUCAGAGAUACUUCGCUCUUAUACUGACACCUACCAGAGAGCUGGCAUUUCAAAUCUCAGAGCAGUUUGAGGCACUAGGAGCAAGUAUAGGUGUGAAAUGCGCAGUGAUAGUGGGUGGUAUGGACAUGGUGGCGCAGGCUCUGCUGCUGUCCAAGAAGCCCCACAUCAUCAUCGCUACCCCGGGGAGAUUAGUCGACCACCUCGAGAACACCAAGGGGUUCAACCUAAAGGCUCUUAAAUAUUUGGUGAUGGACGAAGCAGACCGCAUCCUAAACAUGGACUUCGAAGUAGAAGUGGACAAGAUACUGCGUGUCAUCCCGCGCGAGCGCCGCACGUACCUCUUCUCCGCCACUAUGACUAAGAAAGUGGCUAAGCUCCAGCGAGCGUCGCUCCAAGACCCCGUGAAGGUUGAAGUCUCCACCAAGUACCAGACUGUUGACAAACUGCAGCAGUAUUAUGUCUUCAUCCCUGUCAAAUAUAAGGAUGUAUACCUAGUCCACAUCCUGAACGAGAUGGCCGGCAACUCGUUCAUAGUGUUCGUGGCGACAUGCGCAAACGCACUGCGUUGCGCCCUGCUGCUGCGCAACCUCGGGCUAGCGGCGGUCCCGCUGCACGGACAGAUGUCACAGAACAAACGCCUGGCUGCAUUAAAUAAAUUCAAAAAUAAGAGCCGCAGUAUACUUAUUUGUACUGACGUUGCCUCCAGAGGUCUGGACAUCCCCCACGUGGACGUGGUGGUCAACCUGGACAUCCCGCUGCACAGCAAGGACUACAUCCACCGCGUGGGCCGCACGGCGCGCGCAGGCCGCUCCGGGAAGGCUAUCACCUUUGUCUCACAGUACGACGUGGAGCUGUACCAGCGCAUUGAACAGCUGAUCGGCAAGCAGCUGCCAUUGUACAAGACGGAGGAGAGCGAGGUGAUGGUGCUGCAGGAGCGGGUCGCGGAGGCGCAGCGGCUUACCAAGAUCGAAAUGAAAGAACUGGAAGACAAGAAAACUACUAAGGGCAAGAAGCGCGGCGCGGACUCGGACGACGACACGGAGGAGGCGGCGGGCGUGCGCCGGCGCAUCAAGGGCAAGAACAACAACAAAAACAACAACAAGAGGAAAAAACGCUGAGCCUUUACCAUUAAAUAGAUUUUUAAGUUUUAAA